GGGGUGAUUUGAGAAUUGACAAUGCUCAACCAUGAAUGUUUUGACCCAUGGAAAUUGCUAUAUCCUGAAUCUUCCUUUUACUAUAUGUACUGUGUUUCAUAGAAUACUUAUACUGAAGCGACCCAUUGCAAACAUAACUUAAUGAACACGGUAAUAACAUUGUGAUACUUAACGUGCCAAAUAAAUACAUUUUGAAGUGCUUAACAACUAUGUGCUCUUCUAUAUUGCCUAGGGUUAUUUUGCAGUACAUUAUUAUUGUCUCUAUGAUAUAGUAUUACUGGUGAUAUAUUCACCAGUCCCACGAUAUGAAUGAUGCCAUUGUUAGUCUUCACUGGCGUUGCCUCUAGAGUCACCAUCUCAGCAGGACGACCUCCCUCACACGACUCUUGUCUCCCUAGUGGGAACAGAGCUGUCGGACGUCUUCUUGGGACCUGUGAUCUUUCUUGCAGAGAGCGUCUUCGAAUGCUGUUUUCUCUGCUUAUAUUUCUUGUGACUGAAGCAACAGUUGCUGUAACUGAGCUGCUUGACGAAGAACUACUGUCUGAAGUUUGUGAAGACAUCGUGUGUGGUAGCUGCGAACAAACUGCUGUGCCCUCGGUGUCACUGUCGUCUUCGUCAAUGGAUUUAAAUCUCUUACGAUGUGGAGUGCAACUGUUAGACUCUGUGGACUGCUCCCUCGUUAAUGAAGGCACUAUGAUGGUGACGUCUUGUGUGGAUCCAUCUUCUGCUUCUUUGGAUGGCUCUGGCUCUAGCUCUAGCUCUAUCGAUGGUUGUGUUGAGGUCGUGUCCAUUAUUCCAGGAUGAUCGUUACUGCACACAAAAGGCUUCAAGGUUCUAUUCAAGUUAGAGUCAAUUUCUUUUCAAGUUGAAUAUUAUCCCUACACUCUAGAGAAUGACUCGGUAGAAACCAUCGUCGGGCAAACAACAACUCGAGAUCCUGUCCUGUUCUGUAAUCAAUAUUAUUGAUCAGUGUAAUUAUGACACUGUAUGACACUAUGACAGUUACUAUGUUCAUGAUAAGCAGAGCACUUGGUCCGGAGUUUGGUGGUUCUGUGGGUAUCAUCUUCUUCGUUGCCAACAUAUUUGCCUCAGCUGCCUACAUCAUCGGUUUUGUGGAAGCCCUGGUCAGUAAUCUUGGAGAGGGAGGCAGUCUUCUAGUGGAGUAUGCUGGAUGUGAUGAUUGUGGUCUCCCUGGCAAUUACUGGUUCAACUUCUUGUACGGGACGGCUGUUCUCUUCUUUUGUCUAAUAGUGUGUCUUAUUGGAGCAGGGAUGUUUGCUAAAGCCACGUUUAUCAUAUUCUGUGCUGUAAUGUUGUCACUGGCCUCUGCAAUGUUUAGUUUUGGCUUCCUAGGCCCAAUGGGAAAUAUCACAGUGCCUGUAGACAAUCAUCUGUUUCCAAUGUGGUAUGGGAAUGAGACUCUGUUAAACUACACCAGCUGGAGUUGGAACACCUUCCUCAACAACCUAGGGUCCAACUACACUAUUGACUACACUAAUCAAGCCUUUGGAGUCCAGAACUUUAGUAUGGUCUUUGCUGUCAUGUUCAAUGGAUGCUCUGGCAUAAUGGCUGGAGCUAACAUAUCUGGAGACCUGAAGAACCCAAGCUACUCUAUCCCCCAGGGCACUCUGCUAGCCUGUGGCAUUACCAUGCUCAUAUACGCCAUCCUCUUCACUUUUAUAGCCUUCACUGUGCCUAGGGAACUGAUGCUACACAACUACAACUACCUCCAGUAUAUCAAUGUGUUUGCCCCACUGAUGACUCUGGGGGUGUUUGCAGCCACUCUCUCAGCAUCUCUGUCCAACCUCAUUGGAGCUUCUAGAGUGCUACAGGCCCUCGCCAAGGACAGGCUGUUUAGUGGUAUUUUGCAUCCCUUUACGUGGACAGUUGGCAAGAGUCAGAAUCCCAUUCCUGCCGUACUGCUCUCCUGGUUCUUGGUACAGAUCACCUUGUUCCUGGGUCAGUUCAACACCAUUGCUCCGCUGGUGACCAUGUUCUUCCUCGUCUCCUAUGGUGUGGUCAACCUGGCUUGCUUUGCUCUCAAGUUCGCUUCAGCUGUUAAUUUCAGACCUACUUUCCAAGUCUAUGCCAGAUACACAUCUGCCCUCGGUGUCCUCAGUUGUGUGAUACUAAUGUUCGUCAUAAGCCCAGAGUAUGCUGGUGUCACUAUUGCUGUGAUGGUCCUCUUGUUUAUCUACCUGCUAAUCCGUGGGCCAGCCACUCCGUGGGGUGACGUCUCUCAGGCACUCAUCUAUCAUCAGGUGCGCAAAUACCUCCUACGCUUAGACAAGAGGAAGAACCACGUCAAGUUCUGGAGGCCUGAGGUUUUGCUGCUUGUGAACAAUCCUCGAUCAUCACUGGGGCUCAUUGAGUUCACCAAUGAUAUGAAGAAAGGAGGACUCUUUGUACUGGGGCAUGUUGUACCACGACCAUUCAGCAGGGAGACGGCCAACUACUACACUGGCCAGCUGAACGCUUGGUUGACAUUUGUGGAGAUCUCCAAAGUGAAGGCAUUUGUUGAGCUAAGCAUUGCUCCCUCCAUCAGAAUGGGGACUCAGAACCUACUAGCCACUGCUGGUCUCGGUGGAAUGAAGCCGAACACUAUAGCGUUGGGUUUCUAUGACGACAGUAUCCCUAGAAGCCAGUUCAUCAACCUUAAGAUCAAACUGAGCAAACGACCGCAAAUAUUCCGCUCCUUCAUCCGGGACCAGUCCGUGGAGAAGUUUGAUCAAAUCAACCAAGAACUGCCGCUUAUUAGGACUGCUGUUGAAGACCAGGUGCUGAGUUUGGAUGACUAUGUUGGUGUGAUACAGGAUGCUAGCAUAAUGGGCAAGAAUGUCUGCAUCAUGAGACAUUUUGAAACUCUAGACAAGAAGCAGCUGAAGGCCCACCCUUACAUUGACGUGUGGCCCCAUCAAGUCACCUUUGAGUCGGGCUUUGACAAUACUUUCAUGCUCGUGCUGCAACUGGCUUGUGUACUCAAUAUGAAGGGGGACUGGAAGUCGAGUACCAAGAUACGAAUAUUUGUCGUCGUCGAAAAGGAGACGGGGUCAGAGCGAAUGAUACUGAAUGAGCUGCUCACUGAGACUAGGAUUUCCGCACAAGUUCAUAUGUUAUCGCCUCCAGGGCAGGAGGAAUUUGGGACAUUUUCUGAGAGCUUCCGUACGAACUCUGCCCUCUCCCUGCAUAGUGCCCACUACCACACUCAGAUUAACCGUCUGAUGCAGGAGCACUCGAGCAAUGCCUCCGUUAUUUUCACGUCCUUGCCAGCUAUCCCUGACGACCUACGAGAGGCUAAAGAUUUCUAUGAUGCUAUGGAUACACUCUCCUGCCAGCUGCCUCCGACUGUGUUGGUGUACGGAAAUGCACCAGUGAUGUCAUCUAACAUUUGAACACUUGAAGCAGGCAGGUCUCUUAAGAAACAACACUUGAUUAGAUCUCUUGAAUUGCUUCUCAAACUAAAUUAAUUGUCUUUCGUUAUAAUAAUUAUAAGUGUCCUCUUUUUAUUCGGGUGUUUGUUUUUUUUUGGAAGAAUUCUAUUAAUUAUUUAUAAUUAUACGAUAAA